AUGCCAGAAGAAUUACAAAAACCACAGAACUAUCAAACAUUUGGUGACAGAAAAUUGUUAAAAGAUUUACCAUUUUACAGAAGAUAUCCCAAAACAUUUGUUAUUGUUGGUAGUACAAUUGGAUUUCUAAUUUUAUUUAGUAAAGGAUUUUAUGAUAUAUUUAAACCAAUCUCUGCAGAAGAUUUAAAAAGAAAAUUAUAUAUUGAAAAAAUAAAACAAAUGAAACUUCAAAAAGAGUUCAAGUAA